AUGGAUACGGCUUCAGCUUCAGUUCCUAAUAAUGAUAUAUUACAUAUGGUCGCUCCUUAUAAUCCUAUUCCGGAUAUGUUCAUUCCUAUCAAAUAUCGGGAUAUUAUACCGCCUGAUCCUAUCUACGAUAAUUUUGGUUCUUUUAUCAUCCCUGGCUCUAGGGAAUGGUUUACUUAUAUGUAUCAAUUAGAUUUAAAUACCCGUGAUGAACGCCUUGAAAAAGCAGAUGAUGCUAAAUUUGCUGCUAGAAUUGCUGAACUUAAUGCUGCUUCUGAGGCUACUAAACUUCAUAAUAAACAAUUACAAGAAGAAUAUUCACAAGAGAUGCAGACUCUUCGAAUACAAAAAGAUGCUAGAGUUCAAAAUUUGGCCAUAUAUCAUAACACUAGUACUAAACACGUUAAAUACCGACAACGUCAAGCGUCUGAUUUAACUGAAUGGAAUAAAACUUAUCACAUGGUCAUGACAAAUUCUCAACGCCCUACUCUUUCCAAGUACCAGAAAAAGAAAAAGAAGAAACUUUUACAAUUGAAAAUUGAUUCUUUUUUCAUCAAUUAUCCAAACGUUUCCGCUCCUUUACAAUUAAAGCAUGAUACCAAGUGUUCACCGUUUGACUACAAGGAUAAUAUACUUCCUACUGAUCCAUACACGUCUGAUGACACCAAGGAAAUUGAAACUCACCCUUUAAAAUGA